AUGCUCAGUCACGGCGGGAUGACCUUUGAGGAAUUCAUCGCCCAGGGCGAGGCUGCUUUCGCUCGAAGUGAGGCCGCUGCCGCUCUUCAGAAGCCUGAAACCCUUUUCGGCCGCGUCAAAUUCUUCUUUGAUUCCGCCUUGAAGAAGUUUCGCCGUCCUGCUAACGCUCCUGCCCGACAAGUCAAUGAGGCGGUACAUGUACAGGUCGCCAGCGACGAGGAGAAGAAGAAGAAGAAGCGCAAGAGGGGCGAGGAUGCUGAGGAGAAAAGGAAGAAGCCCAAGUGCGAGAACAGAAAGCGCAAGAGCGACGACGAACAAGGCUCACCCCGCCCUGUCAAGAAGUCCCGUCCCACGCCAUCCCCACAGAUGAAUGGAAUGGUAGACCGCGCUACGCCUGAGCCCGUAAAGGAGAAGACUACUCAUGACAUUGGAGUUCAGACCAGUCCCAUAGCUGAACCUGUCGCUCUCCGAAAGACCCUUGGCGCUCCUCGCAACGACUCGGCAAUCGAUCUGAGCAGCUCCGCCGCCACUCCCUCCACGCCCUCAUAUCUCCAAGAUCCUUCGACCGCCAAGUUCACGCCCGAGGAGAUUCGCAGAAUUGAGCGAUCCGUAAAAAGGGCUGCGUACUCCGAAUCCGUUGCCGCUGCGAAGGACAAGCAACGCUCCUCCACCAUCACCACUGAUGUUGCCUCUGCAAAGGACAAGCAACAAUCACCCACCACCACCACAGUUGCCAGACUCUCCGGCACUGGUGCUCUGAAGACCAAGAGCCCAGAGAAGACUCCUGCUCCCGCUAGCUCCCGCAUCGUCAUUGGAAGGAAGACGAAAGUGGGGGACGAGGGAGCUGAAGAAGUCAGCUACCUGAUGAGCGACGGAACCACUGCGGAUCUGCCCAGGGGAUGUAUCCACCUGCGCUUCGACGGCCAGAAGCCAGUGAUCCAGAGGACUGAGAAAGCGAAUCUUUUCGAAAUCCACGAGUUCCUUAGGUUCACGAAGGCGAAACUAGCACCGCCGCCGAAGAAAGAGCAGGUGGUUGAGCAGACUGAGCAGAAGCCUGAGGAACGGCAGGACACCGGUUCCUCAAUGAUCUCGAGCACGAUGCCUGUAGCAGUCCAAGAGCCAUCCGCAAGCCAGGAGGCCGAGGCGCAGGGUCCCACUUCCACCCAAGCGUGGGAGGCGCGCAGGCGUGAAGUCCAGGCAGAAUGUGAAUCUCUGCUGGCCGAACAAGCCAAGAAGCAGCCGGCUGCUGUUUCCACGGCUCUCCCCGCAGUUGUCGAGAUACCGACCCAAGAGGUCGAAGUCCAGAAGCUCGAGCGGGAGGCCAUUGAAGCCCCAAAGCAGGUAGCCAGCAUCCCGGCCCUGCUCCCUCACACCUUCCCAUUCCCGGCCACAGAGCCCGUAGUCAAGCAGCCCAUGGUUGAUGAGGCUGAAGAUAACAUGGAUGGCAUUCAGUAUGCCCCCACCAUUGUGGUCUCCCUCAUUGCGAAAGACCUUCCCGUGAAUGUUCCCGCGCAGAUCCCAGUUCAGCCUCCUCAGCAGAUGUCUCUCCCAAUGGCACUGCCUGCUCCUAUUGCACCGACUGUGCCAUUCCCCCUUGCACAGAUCCAGACCACUUGCUCCCACUCUUUUCAGGAUAGAGGAUUCGGAAGCAUGACAGCACUCACGACCGAUACAGCGUCGCCGAUGGAUAUUGAGCCCUGUAACCCAUUCCUAACUGGAAAGUUCGAGAGCACAACUGCCUCGAAAAAUGCUCCUUUAGGGUUGGGGAACUCGAUGCUCAAGCCCAAGACCAUCCCCGAGGACAUGGAAGUCGACGACAGCUGGGCACUCCGAGAGAAAGAGGCCGUGAUCGAGACUCAGAAGUUCGCCGGCUACGAUCUUUCGAGCGGAUACAAGUUGAGCGAAGGCAAGCUGGACACAGCUAUUGACGACCUUAUCCAGAGCGUACAACAGGAACAGGCAGAACGCAAUGCGAGCAACGGUCGCUAUAGGCGAAGGGGUGGUGACGCUCAGAAAGCGCAGAGUAGGCCAUACAGAUGGGGCACGGGUCGCGGCGCAGAUGCAGGAUAUGAGGGCGACGCUGACACUGAGUACGAAGUCAACACAUUCUCAACUCAACGUAUUACUAAUUCGAGGAGCAGAAACCGAAGGACACGCAAGAAUGGACGGAAGGGAACAGAAGCAGGCCUCACAACCCCACGCGGCCUUCCUACCACUGCAUACUGCCGUGCGUUUGCCAGGAACGGGCGCUGCAGGUUCGGCAACAACUGCAAGUACAGCCACCAGACUUCGACCUCCAGGACCCGGAUUGCCGCCGCGGAUGUUUACCCUACGACCAGAUGGGAUCGAAUCGGUCUGAGAGUUCCUCCUUGGGGUUGUGGCGCGGAAGAUCGUCCCAGGUCAUUGCAGCGGGCCACAGCUGAAACCCGCCGUCGGACGCCUCCCAUGCAGGGCUCCGAUACCGAGGAGGAUACAGACACGGAAGCGCUACAAAGAACCCUCAAAGCUCAAUCUUCCAUCUUCCGGCCGCCAUCGCUUAUGGUCCCACCGCAAUCCGUUACGUUCCGGCCACAGUCACCUAUCUUCCGGCCACAGUCACCUAUCUUCCGGCCACAGUCACCUAUCUUCCGGCCACAGUCACCUAUCUUCAGGCCUCAGUCGCCUAUCUUCCGGCCGGAAUCGCCGCUCUUCAUUCCUGAGAAUCCUGAAGACCUCCCGGAAUAUCAGGAGUCUGAUGAGGAACCGAGGGGAAGGACAUUCAACCGGGCCAGUAAUCCCUCACCAUCAUCGGACGGAGCCAGAGGCACCACCGACUCCUAUCGGCCUUCAUACAGACCCAGCUGGCAGUGGAGCAAGCGCCCCACGACCGGUUCGACGACUGAGGAGGAUACUGGCAACGGCAACAGCGGCCGUGGAACCUCUAACGCCCCUGUACAAGUCUCUCAGCGGAACAUGAUGCCAUCGUCCAGUGAGGAUGAGCUUGACCCUACGCCAGCUCCACGACCAAAAACUGUACGAUUCGGAGAGCAGUCGGCGAAGACCAGGCCUACACCGGCUAAGAAAGCCCUCACUCGCAGCCCCUUCCUGGACUCGGAUUCCGACGAUGACGACGAGCUGUGA